AUGUCACUCACAACGCCCUUUAUCCCCCCUCCAGACUGCAGUAUCCAAGACCUUACGACAAUCACAACAACCUCGCACUCCACCACAGAAAUAGUCCCAGUCCUCAUCUCCGACCCUGCAGACCCGCGCUUCACAGAAUGCCAACCCUCCAACUGGGCCUCGGCCCCCUCAUCCAGCCGCUUCUCCUACAGUCCAUCCGUAUGUCCCAGUGACUGGCUGGCAUGGUCGAUCGCAACAACCGAGCUCCAAGGCGAGACUGUCACUACUGCGUGGUGCUGCCAUACCGGCUACACUCUGGAACCCUACCCAGCCUACACUUUCCCCUACAUGACCCAACCCUGCAUCCGCACCAUCUUCCUAGACCCAACCCCAUCAUCGACAAUAACAGCAACCCUCUCCCACGGCACUGGCCCAACUACCCCCUUCACAUCCGGCAUAGCCCUCCACGCGCCCUGGUACAUCACCUGGAAAGAAAGCGACCGCGCGCUCCUCUUUCCGCAGCCCCCUAUCCUCAGCGCCUCAGAGACAAUCCGGUACUGGGUCCCCGGGGAGGCGGUCGACGAUUUGAAUACGAAUGUGGCCGAGGACGAGGGUGGAAUGGACGAGAGGACGGUUUUGAGACUCGGCUUGGGGAUUGGGCUUGGUGGAGGGUUUCUUCUUGUUGCUGGGGUUGCCCAGGUUGCAGCUCGGUUAGUCAUUAUUUAUUCCCGGGUGAUCCGUGAAACUCCCAAAAUUUCGAACGCGUCAACCAGCCUCCAUCUUCAAACAACUAUCAUGCCACGAAAGGCGCGUAAAACGCGCCAGGAACUGAGAGAGCAAGAGGAAAAAUUCGCACAGUUCAGGAAGCUAGCCGCAUUUAUAAUGUGCCUCCUUAAACCCUACGUGAUCGGAUGA